AUGGUGGGUUUCAAUAGCACCAGCUUCCACCCUGCGACGUUCCAGCUGACCGGGUUCCCAGGCCAGGAGGCGGUUUACCACUGGAUCGCCAUCCCCUUCGUUGUGUUAUACGUCACUGCCGUGGUGGGGAAUUGCCUUGUUCUCUGCAUUGUCUGGGUAGACCGGCAUCUCCACCAGCCCAUGUAUCUGUUCCUUUGCAUGUUGGCAGUCAACGAUGUUGGAAUGUUUCUGACAACCCUGCCCACCGUGCUUGGCACCUUCUGCUUCCAUUCCACAGACAUCGCUUUCAACGCCUGCCUGGCCCAGAUGUUUUUCAUUCACUUGUUUUCCCACAUGGAGUCGGGGAUUUUACUGGCCAUGGCGUUCGAUCGCUUGGUGGCCAUCUGUAACCCGCUGCGCUACGCAGCCAUCUUGACCCGCCCCAGGAUCAUGGGAAUCGGGCUGGCUGUUGUGGUUAGAAACUUCAGCGUGGUGUUUCCUGUUCCCUUUCUCAUUAAACGCUUGCCGUUCUGUCGCUCCAAUGCCCUCUCCCACGCCUACUGUCUGCACCCUGACGUGAUGAAGCUGGCAUGUGCGGACAUCUCAGUCAAUAAUAUCUAUGGCUUAUUUGCUGUUCUCCUUGUCUGCGGAAUAGACCUGUCGCUUAUUUCCAUCUCCUACGUUGUAAUUGUGAAGACAGUUUUAAAUAUUGCAUCCAAAGAGCAGCGCCUCACAGCCCUGAACACCUGCAUCUCCCACAUCUGCGCCGUCCUACUCUUCUUUGUCCCAAUAAUUUCCCUUUCUGUUAUUCACAGGUUUGGGAAAAAUGUCCCUCAUGUUGUGCAAAUCCUUAUGUCCUAUGUCUAUCUCUUUGUCCCUCCUGUGUUAAACCCUGUCAUUUACAGUGUGAAAACAAAGGAGAUUCGCAAGGGGAUCUUCCGCCUGUUCUCUAGAGACAUAAUGUAA